UGAUCUUUUGACAGACUUUAUACUUUAGAAGGCAAGCUUGUUGAGAACGGGGAGGAGCUGGAGAAUGGACAGUUUUACGUGGCUGUUGGCAGAGAUCGGUUUAAGAAAUUGCCCUACAGUGAGUUGCUUUUUGACAAGUCUACCAUGAGGAGGCCUUAUGGUCAGAAAGCAUCUUCACUGCCUCCCAUCGUAGGAUCGAGGAAGUCUAAAGGGAGUGGAAAUGAUCGCCAGUCUAAGUCAACAGUGAGAUCCAGCGAUAACUCAUCUCCUCAGCCCGUGAAGAGGAAAGGGAAGAAGAGCAAUGGAAAUUCAGAAAAAGCUCUCAAAGCCAAACAGAGCGUGAAGUCCAAGAGUGCACAACAAGCAAUUCUUCCCAGUGAUGAAGGCAUUUUCAAAGCUGGAGCAGAGAGGUCUGAGAUGCGGGGGGCAGCAGAAGUCCAGGAAGAUGAAGAGACUCAGGUUGAGGUUCCAGUCGACCAGAGGCCAGCAGAAAUAGUUGAUGAGGAAGAAGAUGUAGAGAAAGUAGACACGGAUGCAGAGCAAAAAGAAGACCCUUCAAGAGGGAAUGAUGGAGCUGCAGAGGAAGGAGGCAAGGGUGCUCCUGACCUCCCUGAGCACAGCGAGGAGGUGGCCAGUCCUGCCCGUGCAAAUGGAGGAACUGAUGAGGAAAAUGGAGAGGAGCUCGGCCAGACUAACAGUGAGCUUCAGCCAGCAGCGGGCGAGGAGCACAGGUCUCCAGGAGCCGGCAGUAGACAGGAUGAGGCUGACUUAGACCCCCAAGGACCACAGAGACCAGAAGUAAAAAUCACCAGUCCUCAAGAAAAUGAAAACGAUGAACAAAACAAGGACUAUGCUGUUGUGGCCUAGAUGAUUUUUUUUUUAAAGCGAGUAUGUGGAUUAUAAGAAAACAAAAGGUUGUAAUACUUGAAUAAUAAGCACAGUCAUGGUGAAGCAUAACAUGGCAACACAAUUCAAUAUUACUUGUUGAAUUUAAAAAUAGAUGCCCAAAGAAAAGACUAGAUAACUUUUAGCAACUACCAAAGGAGAAUGACUUAUUUUUGUGGUAUGUGUUUUUGAAAGUUGAAAAGUUAAGUAAAAAGGACAAAGAACUUGCCCUGGCAGACAAUUAGCCAUUUAUGUUUUUAAGCAUAAAAAUAGGAUCACUCCUAGUGCAUACUUUAUUAUAAAUUUACAAGUAAGAUUAUUCAAUGGCAGUUCAUUGUAAAGCAUUUAUCUAGGAUAGCGCAGAAGUUUAAAGAAUUGGUAAUAGAACAUGUGUUAUUUUCUUAAAGCAAUAAACUUGAAUGAACAAAUUGCAGUUUAGUUUCAGAGAUAAUUUCGAGAUAGCAGAUCAAACUGUUUCUAUAACUUGCCCACAUUUCUUUCCUCUUUUCUCUUUAGCCCAAAUCCACUUUGCACAAGCUAGAAGACAAUGUAAAGUGUUCGUGUUGGCUAGAGGAAGCACUCCUGCAGAGGGCUAGUGACUAAGGUCAUGCCCUCCCCAGAGAGCUUCUAAGCUCCACCUCACGGCUGCAAGCAUGCACUCAGGAAGUAGGGAUGACGGAACUGCCAGUCGCGUCACUAGUUGGAUGCUUUGCAACUUUUAGAAAUCCUAUGGAUUUUCAUAGAUUCAAUCUAUUUGUACUGAUAAUUUUAAAAGGUGAAGCCUAAAGGGAGGAUGCGAUAGCAUUUUACUAGAUGUCCUUUUCUUCUCCCUCUUAUUAUUGUAAUAGAAAAAUUGAUAUUGGUUAUUCCAGAGAUUGAAUUCUUCCCAGUUUUUUUUUUAACCAGAAAAAGAGAAUAUAAUAGGAAGAGAAAAAGGUCAGGAAGAGGAGUCAUGGCUGCCCAUUUUCAUUUGCUUCUUGCUUUAUUUCUAUGAGAGUUAUUUGUGAGAUUUUUGCCUCUGAAGAUGACAGCACUUAUUUUCAUAGAUGUUUAUAUUUAAUCUUUGCUGCAGCUUCCUUCUUAUACAAUUUAAAGUCAUCUAGUAGAAAUUGGUGGAAAAAAUUAAAAAUUAUCAUAAUGAAACCAGUUCCCAUUUGCCACUUUGUAGACUGAUUAAUAAUUUACUUUUGCUUUGUGGAGUAUAUAUGGGAAAAUGUAUUGUAUUAGUUUGGUGAUUAUUAGUAGAUAUUGUGUUUUUCUUCCUUGAAUACAGAAAUAAUAUAUUUUUCUCACAUUAAAGAAUAUAUUUUUAAUUAUGUAGAAGUUAUACGGAAAUUCUAACUUUUAGUGCUUUUAUAAGAUUAUUAACCAUAAAUUUAAAAGACUUUUCCUCCUCUAGGCUUCCUAACCAGCUUUUGAAAUUAAAAUAGUUGGUGGUUAGAUAAAGCACUUAACAAUACUAUAGAAAAUAGGCGUAUUUUUCCUAACAGCUAUUUUAAUAUCUUACACAAAUAAGAAGUAUGAAUAGAGAUUAUAAUAUAACAGUAUUUGGAGGGCAUAAUGAUUUAUUAAUCUAGGAAAUCAGCUGUAAAGAAGCACUGUACUUCUGGUGGAAAAUCUACUUUGCUUUCUGCCUACAGCCUUACGUUUUCAAGUGGGCAGCCGGAAGCACCGUGCAGCACAAGCAGCCAUCUGUGGGUGCAAGAAGUGGGCCAGCUGAGCUUUUAAUAUUAAAUUCCAGAGCUACUACUGGUCUGUGGUUAGUGAUUUUGAAGUAGUUUAUAAAAGUCAGUGAGUACAUAUAAGAAAUGUUUGCUGUCUCCAGGUGAUCCUUUUUUCUUUCUUUGAUGAGUUUCUCACUCUCCCUUUUCCUCUUUCAUAAUUUCUCCUUUUUUCCUUCAUUACAGUAUGAAUCUUAGGUUGUAAGGAACUCCGGAUGAGCCAUUUUCAUGAAGUACAACAUUGACUUUUACAGAAAGUAAACUUUGAAUUUUGGUAUACUUCAAGAAGUUAAUAGGUCACUCUAAUUAUAUCAAAAAUUUUAAAUUGGGAUGUGUUCUUUUUGUUUGUACAUUUUUUUAUAAUACUUGUUGAUGGAAAGAAGUGGUGACCUACCAUGAGGGAAAGUAAAAGAGUUUGCCACUUAAAACAAGUUUCAAACCUAUCAAUAUAAAUAAAUGACAUAGGUAAUCAAAACAAACAAGAAGUCAUGUACAGAGAAUUAAAAUUGUGGACAUCACUUUGGAGAUAAGUUUGGCAUAAAUGAUGAGAACAAAUUCGUCCCACUAAUGUGGCAGUUUUCUCCGUAGGAAUGGUGGUCUCUAUGGCAGGCUAGCAGAUAGGUUUGGGAACCAUUUAUGUGAGCUAGCAGAUCUUGGCUAGGCUUCAUAUAUUGUUUUAUAUAGAGAUGGUGCUAUGUAAAACUUACAUUGCUCUCACGUAAUAACCAGUAUAAUGCUUCGGGACAUUAGUUUUUGUGAAUCUGUAUAUGUAGGUUUCCUAGUUUUAGUUUUGUGUAACUACUUUAUUAAAAUUAUUUGGAUUUUUAAGGCACUUGUAAUAAACUGACUUGUUAGCAAAGUUGGAAUAUUAGAAGUUUCCAGAGCAAAUAAAAGAUUAUGACUAAAGUCAUCUUCAGGCUGCUGGCUUAGCUUCUAUGAGAACAGCUACUGAAUGACCAUUGAAUUCCAGUUAUAAAGAAUGAUAUUAUGACCAAGGAAAACCUUUACUCUUUGCUCUUCUCUGUGUUCAUAGAAUGACUUUUCAAUUAAGAUGUUUUUUUUCUUAGAUGUUUGGGACUAUGAUAAUGCAUGAAAGGCAUGGCCUUUCCCUACCUCUUGCUUUGUUCUGAAGGUGAGCUUUCUUGCCCAGGUGGGAAAAGAUGAGCCAUGCUGUAUGCACAGUUCCGACCAGCCAGGUGUCAGUCAGUUGUCAUGCAGUUGGCAAGCUGGAUCCACUGAUGUGAAGUUCCUAGUACUCAUGCUUCCAGCAUAUAACUCAUAAGUGAACACCUCAGAAUUUUCAUUGGAUGACCUGCUUAUGCACAAAGACGAGAUACUUAGAAAAAAUAAUUUGAGAAUUUGAAAUUGAGGUUGUGUAACAACAGGAAGGCUUUCUUUUCCUAUUAAACAAUUCUCCUAAAGAAUUAGCUCCACACUUUGUUUGCUGAACAGGUAGCAAAAGAAAAGUUAAGCACGUAGAUGAAUUGCUGCACAGAAAACAUCAUGUCUGAACCAUUGCCAAGCUGAAUGGAAACACAAUACAUAGAUGAAUAUCCGGUACUUAAGCAGAUGCACUUGCACUCUUUAAACACCAAAAAGGCCUCUUUAGGUGCAGAAUUAUUGAUAGAAUGCAGCUCUUUGGGAUCAGGUGGAAAGAAGUGACAUAUAAAAACAUGAAACAAAAUGCUAAGAAAUCACAUAUAUUAUGGUGCUUUAAAUAUUGACUCUAGAAGACUUUUAAGAGAUUUAAGGUUUUUUUUUUCUCAAAAUAAGAAAGUUAUCAGCAUUUUGGUGAAGAAAUAUAUUUCAGAAAAGGAUGUCAAAAUGUUUUUAAAGUUUCAUGAAAACUUAGACAUACCUGCCUUGUUUCUCUGAGGUGAUUUCCCAGCAGUUUCUGACACUUGCAGAACUGCAUUCUUUAGAUAUGGAAUAUUUCAUACUAACACAGGUCCUGUUAAAAGGUUAGUUACUGGUGGUGCAUGUAUGUGGUUAUAAGUUACUUGAAUAUGUCCGGGACUCCCCUUGGUCCUAGGCAGCCAGGGGUACCCCCAAUAGACUGAGUUGGUCCAUUAGUUUUUAGAACCAUGCAGGAGCAUUUUAGCUUACUUGUCUGACUGCAACAUCUUGGAUUGCAAUCAUAUUUUUAAGGCUAGCUUGUUUUUCAGAGGCAAUGAGUGCAUGCAGUUCUCCAUUAUGAAAUAGAGUUUUUAGGAAUGUCACAAGAUUUUUGCUUUAAAAAGUCCUUGUGUGGAUGGGUCUGCAUUUUAUUCUUCCCACAUGAAACUUUUACAGUUCUUCCUGUGAAGUUUGAGUGACAGAUGGAGAAUGAAAGAGGAUCCCUAUGUGUUGAUGAGGAAAACAUAAUAUUGCUUUUGAUGAGGCGUAACAUCUGGAGGAGAAAGGGGAUUAGGAAAGAAUUAAGAAAUGCCUGGGUAACAAUAAAGAAUUUAUGAAAUCAGGAGGUAACUAAUGGAACUCCAUUGACUUAAGCCAACAGUGAUUUAGCUUUAAUCUGUGAAUGGCGCUAAAUGAAUUCUCUGCAGUUUCAUCAGCUUGAACCAUAUAGUUUAAUUGAGUGUUUCAGUUAUUGCUACAAAUGUAAUGACAUAUGGGAAAAGGGAGUGACUGCAGUUGAUUUUAGAAGGUUGGAGAAAGCCUGUUUUGCUGUUUGGCUUCGUUGUUUGCCUUGUGUCUUGAAUCUUUAGUAUGUACAGUAAUUCUGUGUGAUUAUUGACAUUAUAAGGGAAGAUUAAGUUGAGCUUAUUGUUUUCAUAGGAUUUGUGAUAUUUAGGGUGUCUGCUCAUAAAGAAAAUUGUGUUUUUAUCAAAUUAUGAACAUUUAGGUUUCACUUCUGUAUAAGUACAUGCUCUAAAAUGCAUAAGUUUACUGUAUCCUAUGAGUAAAUAGAUCUACAUUUUACAUAAUUAAGCUGUGCUGGGAUGGUUUAUGGUUUGUUUAUGAUGCUAUAUUGCUAGUAUUUCAUGUAUUAUUACUAUUUAUGGUGCUUUCAUGAGCACAAUAGAAAAAUUUGACUUUUGUGGAAAUUUAGUGCCUUACAAACACUUUUGUUUCUAUUUAGCAGAAAUUAAGCUUUAUUAUGCAUUUUAAAAAAAGUUUUAGGCACAUAUUGUUUAUUUGAUAAAGUUCAGGUAUAUUUAAACAUUAUUUUCUUUUAUGAAAUGUUUUCAUAGAAUGACAGGUCCAAAGUUUUAAGAUAAAUAAAAUAUCUUUAAAAACAAACACUAGAUCAUAUAUACAUUACACAUAUUUUGUAUAUAUAUGUUCAUGGGAAUAAAGUCAAAAUUUUACAAAGGAUUUUGACUAAAUCUCUGCUUCAUAUUGUAAGAUUCUCAUCUCUUUCUUUUUUUUUUCUCAUCUCUUUCAUUCUACUGAGUUUAGUUUUUGUUUUCCCUCCCACAUUUGAGAAACAAAACCAGUUAAGCACAAAAUACACAUGUUCUGAAUCAUGUAACCAUGAAGAGUUUAUUAGCAGGUCUCAUCUGAAUGUGACCAGUUUAUCUCUGUCAUUCCCAAAGAAGAGAAAGCAAACUUCAGCAAAGAAGCAGGUUAAUCUCUUCAGAUUACUGGGUUAAUUGGCAUUAGAAAUGUUCUACCACCAGCAAAGACUCAUUUCUUUAAAGUGUUGGAAAAUUGGAGCAUACAUUUGUUAUAUUUAUUUAUGAAAAUAAACAUUGAGC